AUGACUCAAGCAGAAAUUAAACUGUGUUCUUUGUUGCUACAAGAGCAUUUUGGAGAGAUUGUGGAAAAAAUUGGAGUCCACCUAAUCAGAACUGGCAGCCAGCCACUACGAGUAAUUGUCCAUGACACAAAGACAUCACUGGAUCAGGUGAAGAAGGCCCUGUGCGUCCUCAUCCAGCAUAACCUGGUGACGUACCAGGUGCACAAGCGUGGCACGGUGGAGUACGAGGCCCAGUGCAGCCGGGUGCUGCGGAUGCUCAGGUACCCCCGCUACAUCUACACCGCCAAAACCCUGUACAGCGACACCGGCGAGCUGAUCGUGGAGGAGCUGCUGCUGAACGGCAAGAUGACGAUGUCCGCUCUGGUGAAGAGAGUGGCAGACCGGCUGACGGAAACCAUGGAAGACGGCAAGACCAUGGACUACGCGGAGGUCUCGAGCACGUUUGCGCGGCUAGCGGACACGCACUUUGUGCAGCGUUGCCCGCUGGUGUCUCCCGCUGAGAAUGCAGAGCCUGGGCCCCCGCAGCCUGCUCCCACUCUUGUCAUCUGUGAAAAGGACAUGUACCUGGUUCCUAAGCUGAGUUUGAUCGGGAAAGGUAAAAGGAGGAGAUCGUCUGAGGAGGAUGCUCCUGGGGAGCCCAAGGCCAAGAGACUCAAACACAGCACAGAUAAUAAAGAGCCCAUUCCAGAUGAUGGAAUUUACUGGCAAGCCAACCUUGACAGGUUCCACCAGCACUUCCGAGACCAAGCCAUUGUCAGUGCAGUGGCCAACAGGAUGGACCAGACCAGCAGCGAGAUCGUAAGGACCAUGCUACGGAUGAGUGAGAUCACCACUCCCUCCAAUGCCCCCUUCACCCAGCCACUGUCUUCCAAUGAGAUCUUCAGAUCCCUACCUACCGGCUACAACAUCUCUAAGCAAGUUCUGGAUCAGUAUCUCACUCUGCUGGCAGAUGAUCCACUACAGUUUGUUGGAAAGUCUGGCGACAGUGGUGGAGGAACGUAUGUCAUCAACCUGCAUAAGGUUCUCGGCUCCCUAGCCACAGCCACUCUGGAGUCGGUUGUACAGGAAAGGUUUGGGUCUCGCUGCGCCAGAAUAUUUCGUCUAGUUUUGCAAAAGAAACACCUGGAGCAGAAGCAGGUAGAAGACUUUGCAAUGAUCCCAGCAAAGGAGGCGAAGGAUAUGCUUUAUAAGAUGCUCUCAGAAAAUUUCAUACUGCUCCAGGAAAUUCCCAAAACGCCAGACCACGCCCCUUCCAGGACCUUCUAUCUGUACACUGUGAACAUUCUGUCGGCUGCCCGCAUGCUGCUGCACCGGUGCUACAAGAGCAUAGCCAACCUGAUAGAAAGGAGGCAGUUUGAAACCAAGGAGAACAAGCGGCUCCUAGAAAAGUCUCAGAGGGUGGAAGCCAUCAUAGCGUCCAUGCAGGCCACGGGCGCGGAGGAGGCACAGCUGCAGGAAAUAGAGGAGAUGAUCACAGCCCCUGAGCGCCAGCAGAUAGAGACUCUAAAGCGUAACGUCAACAAGUUGGAUGCCAGCGAGAUCCAGGUGGAUGAAACGAUCUUCUUGCUGGAGUCGUACAUAGAGAGCAACAUGAAGAGGCAGUGA